UUUGGAUCUCUCUCUCUCUCUCUCUCCCCGUCCUCUGAGCUCAGAUCCUCUGAAGUGAAGGUUUUCUUCUUCUGCUACAACCCCAUCUUCUUGUUGUUCUUCAUCUCCAUUGGAACACCAAUUUCGGAGCUUUGAAUUGCUGGUUAAACGGUCUAUUUUUUAUUUUUGUUUGCUGAAUUUUGAAGUUGGAGCUUGAUCUUCGAUCUGGUCGGUGAGGGAAGUGUAUGACACAGUAGGUAGCUGGUGACACUGCUUUCUGUUUGAUCUAUUGCCAGAAAGAAGAAAAAAAGAAAGAAAGAAAGAAACAAAGGAAAACAAGAUGCAGCAAGAUCAGCUCAAGAAGGAUAUUAAGGAGUUAGAGUUUUUCACUGAGUAUGGGGAUGCCAACAGAUACAAGAUUCUUGAAGUUAUUGGGAAGGGUAGCUAUGGAGUUGUUUGUGCAGCAAUUGACACACACACCGGGGGAAAAGUUGCAAUAAAGAAGAUUCAUGACAUUUUUGAACAUAUCUCUGAUGCCAUUAGAAUCCUCCGUGAAGUCAAGUUGCUAAGACUUUUAAGACACCCUGAUAUUGUUGAGAUUAAGCGGAUCAUGUUGCCACCUUCAAAGAGGGAGUUCAAAGAUAUUUAUGUAGUGUUUGAGCUCAUGGAGUCUGAUCUCCAUCAAGUCAUCAAAGCUAAUGAUGACUUGACUCGUGAACACCAUCAGUUUUUUCUUUAUCAGAUGCUACGUGCAUUGAAAUAUAUGCAUACAGCAAGUGUAUAUCACAGAGAUCUGAAGCCCAAGAAUAUACUGGCAAAUGCAAACUGCAAACUCAAAAUUUGUGAUUUUGGACUGGCAAGAGUUGCAUUCAAUGAUGCCCCAACAACAAUAUUUUGGACGGAUUAUGUCGCUACAAGAUGGUAUAGAGCACCAGAACUUUGUGGGUCUUUCUCUUCUAAGUAUACACAAGCAAUUGAUAUAUGGAGCAUUGGAUGCAUUUUUGCAGAGGUGUUGACAGGAAAGCCAUUGUUUCCUGGUAAAAGUGUUGUGCAUCAAUUAGAUUUGAUUACUGAUCUUCUUGGGACACCAUCACCUGAAACUAUUACAGGAGUUCGAAAUGACAAGGCAAGGAAGUACCUUAUGGAAAUGCGGAAGAAACCUCUUGUGCCAUUUGAACAGAAAUUUCCAAAUGCUGAUCCGUUGGCACUUCGCCUAAUGCAAAGGCUUUUAGCAUUUGAUCCAAAGGAUAGGCCAACUGCUCAAGAGGCACUAGCUGAUCCUUUCUUUAAGGGUUUGGCCAAAGUUGAGAGAGAACCUUCUUCUCAACCAAUUUCAAAAAUGGAAUUUGAGUUUGAGAGGAGACGGGUGACAAAGGAGGAUGUUAGGGAACUAAUAUAUCGGGAAAUACUGGAAUAUCAUCCUCAGCUGCUUAAAGAUUACAUGAAUGGAACUGAAGGCACAAACUUCCUCUACCCUAGUGCAAUAGAUCAAUUCCGAAAGCAAUUUGCUUAUCUUGAGGAAAAUCAUGGUAAAAAUGGCCCAGUGAUUCCUCCAGAAAGGAAGCAUGUCUCCCUUCCAAGGUCCACUGUUCACUCUAGUACAAUUCCUCCAAGUACACAGCCAUCUUUUUCUCCUUAUGAGAACAAGCAAAUCAAAGAAGACGCAUCAAAGAUUUCCAGAGCAGCAGAAUCAAAUUCUGGCAGUCAAUUAAGGGGUUCACGACCUCCACCAAGGGUGCCAGCAGCUAGACCAGGUCGAGUUGUAGGGCCAGUUCCACGCUAUGACAACGGGAGAAACAUAGAAGAUACUUAUGACUCAAGGAUCUACCGAAAUACACUUCCUCAAGCAGUCUCUCCGCACUGUUUCCAUAGGAUGCACCCCGCUAACACAAGAUCUAUAUCAGAAACACACAAGGAUAUUUCACAAGGCAAUCAUCAGCUCCCAUCCCAGCAGUAUAACAUGUCAGCCAGACCAGUACCUAUUGAUCUUAAUACCAACCCAUAUUACCAGCAGGGCAAUAAUGAUCACUUAAAUGAUCCUGUCACUACUAUUGAUGCAAAACUGCUACAGGCACAAUCUCAAUUUGGUGCAGUUGGUGCUGCAGCAGUAGCUGUUGCCGCUCACAGGCAUUCAGGGGACUUUCAGGUUGGAUUGUCAUAAGUUGGGAAGUCUUAAGAGAGACAUGAUGCUCUAUGCUAAUAUGGAUGGAGUUGGAGGGAAGGAAGUUGAUUAAAUUUUAGACGGGUUUAGAUUUGAUUUUCCACUUUUGCUUUCAGAUUACCAUCCUUGUAAUUAUAUGUACAUCAUUUAAUUGAUUAAUAAAAAAAAAUUGAUUGUUUCUCUCCAUCUUGAUGCAAAAAUUA